AUGGAGGAGAAAACCUUGGUUCUUGAGGGUCUACCAGGGGAUUUUGAGCUGGUGAGAUAUAAACUAGAGCUUUACUUCAAAAACAAGAGGAAAUCUGGUGGAGAGGUCGUGCAGAUUAAAGAGCAUCCCGAGGACAAAAGGAAAGCCCUGCUCAUCUACCUCCUAGAAACAGAUUUAAACAAUGUCCUUAAACAAGAAGUGCAUAAAAUCGAUUUCAAAUCCCAGGGAGUUGUUGAACUCGCAGUGAAAUCUUUGAAUGUCAAGAAGGAAAAGGUUAAACCACCUCUUUUGCCAAGACCCACGACAGAAAAUCUUGAACAUGUCAAAACUGCACAAGCCACAAAUGUACAGGCUGGUGCUAAAGUUCAAAAAGAAAAUGAAGAGGACUCAAAAACCAAGGAUCUGCUUAUCAGAUGCAUGGAGUCGGUUGAUAAAGAUAUUCUUACAGUAUACUUUGAACAAUUUACAGACAAAGCUGAAAUUACAAAACAAGGGAAAAACAAAUGGAUCCUCAAAGUAGCCAGUCAUUCAGAUGUAUUGACAAUUCUAAGUCAGAAGAAACAUGAUUUCGAUCUGACGGUGGAGUUGUAUAAAGAAGCAGUUUCAGCAGAGCAGUGGGAUCCUCGUCGCUUCAUCUUAAGUGGUUUUGAAGACAGCUGCAAGUGUAAAUUAAUUAGCAUGUUCAUUGGAAGCUGCAGUCAAAAAGCAGCACACACCUGGGAGGUAAUAGAUGAUGAGAGAAUUGUGGUCACCUUCAAUGAAGACAUCGAUUCAAAAUCUUUUCUGGAGAAGUGUGCAGCCAAAAAUCUGAAGAGCAUGAAGAUUGAAGCCUCUCAUUUAGAGUUUACAGAUUCGGUUCUGGUACAGGGGGAUAUGAGCAAAAUUUCAGAGGAUACUCUUACCCUCUACUUCAGCAACAAAAGGAGUGGUGGAGCUGAUAUCAAGUCUUUAAUUUGGGUCAACAAACAAAAGAGUGUGGUCAUAUCCUUUCAAGAUUUUCAUACUGCACAAGAAGUGGUGAAACUGAAACAUCGUCUUUGUGGCACAGACCUUACCACUUCGCUUUUCUACUCAAGUCUUCAGAAGGCUUUGACAGGAGACACACCUACAUGUCCCAAUAUAGCAACAAAUACAAUUAUUCCUGUCAACGAGGUACUCCGCAAUUUCAUUGAAAAAAAACAAAAGUGCAAAAACGAUUUUGAGAUUCGAUUAAAGGAAGUUCAUGCUAAUGUUAUUUUUGACAAGACCACGUCCCCUGGAGAGAUUGCACUAGAGAUGGCUGUGGAAAAAGAGUCUUUAGCUGCAGUUCGACUAGGAGCAACUUGGGAAAGUAAAGCCCAAAGAGAAGCACAAGCCUUUCUUAGCAGGUACAGCACUGAUGAGUUGCCAGUUGAGGUUGAGAUCUGGAAAAGGGUACAGGGUGAUUGCCUUGGAUUUGUCAGUUCUGAUGCGGAGGUCACUUACAUGGAAUCCAAAUCCAAAAUUGCAGUAGUUGGCCUAAAACCAGACGUCACCACCCUGUUUGACAAGAUUAGGAACGUUGUUAAGAACGCAACUUCAGAAUUAGAAUUGGAAAGGAACACUUUUGAAAAAGUGAUUCAGUUUGACUCAAGACAGGCACUAGAGUUAGUAGAAAAAUGUGUUUUUCAAAAUGUAAAACUUCAAAAUGUAACAUUAACAAAAAAUUUUACUAAUCUGACAUUUCGCCUCCAAGGUUUGAGGGAUUGUGUAGGUACUGCUGAAAGGGUCAUCAAGCAAUCGCAGGAGAAUGUUAUCUUUCAACAACUGAACCUCUCAGACCAUAUGGUUCAGUUCCUGAAGUCACUAGAUCUCAAGAAAUUUGAGCAAAACCAUUUUGUACCAAGUAAUAUUCCAGCUUUAUUUCUGAACAAUGGAGAGCUUCUUGGGAUCGUUGCAGAGAAAGGACGCAUCGGUGCAGCCGAAGUCAAAGUAAAAGAAAUCCUUCAAGAAGAGUUUAUCCAACUUACACCUGAUGUAGGCACAGUAAUUAAAAGUGAAGACUGGGUGAACUUUUCAAACAAAAUUAAAGUGGAAUUAAGUGAUAAUUCACAGAAUGUUAACAUCAUACAGUCAGAGACCCAGAUUGUAAUCUGCGGAUUUGCUCAAGUGGUGGAAAAUCUUUCAAAAAAAGUUAAGGAUUAUCUGAAGAAAAAGACACCAGCAACUGAAUUUAUCAGUCUAAAAUCUUUGCAGGAAGUGGGGUUUGUUGACUCUUGCAUGAAACUGUCCGAAAUUCCAGAAGUCAGAAACCUUGGCAUAAGCAUUCGAACUUUCAGAACAAUGAAUUCUCCGUGUAUGAAGGUUACAGCGUCAAAAGAAAAAAUCCAGGACGUAGUAGCUGUUAUAAAAAAGCAUAUAUCCACAAUUUGCACAGAGAAGCAGACUUAUUCUAAAGCAGGAGAAUCUAAGGUCAUACAUAAACACGAAGCCAACAUUCAGGCCAAAGCCAAGGAUUGGGGUUGCAAGGCUUACAUUUCAACUCACAAGACUGGCCCUUCAAAAAGAUACACCCACCAAGUAAACAGCAACAUUACUUUAACAGUUACAGAAGGGGAUCUGCAGCACUUUCCAGCCGAUGCUUUGAUUUGUCCUAUGAGUAGCAAACUAGCUUUUGACAAUCCAGUCGCUCAAAGGUUUCUUCAAGUUGCAGGUUCAGAUAUUCAAGCAGUGUGCAACAAACUCCAGAAAGAAAGACAAACUUUACUUGCUGGGGACGUGGUCCUGAGUGACCCGGGAAAUCUCAAUGCCAACAGCCUUAUUUAUACUGUGUUGCCUCAGAGUGGUCAACAGUUCACUUUGAGCUCUCACUACCUUAAGUCAGCUAUUCUCAGUAGCUUCCAGAAAGCAGAAUCAAGAAACGAUACUUCUGUCGCAAUGCCAGCAAUAGGGUGUCAAACUUUUGGGUUCUCCGUCAAAGAAAGCUGCAUGGCAAUCAGAGAAGCGGUACUACAGUUCAGCAAUGAUCAACAAAAUUCCCCAAAGAAUAUAAAGAACAUAUUCAUUGUAGAUUCUGAUAUGAAGAUACUGGAGGAGUUCAACAACAUCAUUGCUCAGCUGGAAUUUUCUAAUGUUAAAGCAUCUGCAACUCCAACAAACACUACCUCUCAAAACCAAACAAAAUCUCAAACUCUUAAACAACCAUCAAACACAGAAGUAACUGUUCAUGGAGUGCUAGUGUCUCUCAAAAAAGGAGAUAUCACCAAAGAAACAGUGGAUGUCAUUGUUAAUUCCAACAACAAAGCUUUGGAUCUUGACACAGGCGUGUCUGGUGCAAUUUUGAAGGCGGCUGGACAAUCAGUUGUGGAUGAAUGCAAAAAACAUGGAAAACAGAAAGAGAAUGGAGUGGUAUUGACAAGCGGAGGUAAACUGUCAUGUAAGCACAUUGCGCAGAUGGUUGGGCCAAAUAAUGCUGCCGAUAUUACUUCCUCUGUGAAGAAUGUCCUGAAACUGUGUGAAACUACAAAGGCUGCCACAAUAGCCAUCCCUGCAAUUGGCACAGGGAGAGGUGGUAUCGGAGCAAAUGAUUCCAUCAAGGCUAUUCUGGCAGGAGUGGAAAGCCAUUUGUCUCAGUCAACAUCUUCUAGCCUUCAAAAAAUAACCGUAGUGUCAUUUGAGCAGAACAUUUUUUACGCCUACUGCAACUAUUUCAGAGAGAGGAACAGCACGACUGCACCUACCAAUGUGCCUGCAAAUAAAGUCAAAAUUGCAGGUGUGUGGAUUGAAAUAAAGAAGGGAAACAUUACCAAUGAAUCUGUCCGUGGUAUUGUCAACACCACUAAUAACCAAAUGAACUUGACAGGAGGAGUCUCAGGGACCAUUUUCAGUGCUGCUGGACCUUCUGUUCAACAGGAGUGUCAAAAACAUGGUCCACUUCAGAGUGAUACAGUUGCAGUAACCAGUGCUGGAAAUCUGCAAUGUGAUUUCAUCAUCCACAUGAUGGGACCCCAUUCCACUGCAGAGGCAAGGUUACGGGUAAUGAAAGUAUUGGAGAGAUGUGAAGAGAAGCAGAUCAGCACCAUUUCCUUCCCUGCGGUUGGCACUGGUGGAGGUGGUGUUAAUAGGAUGGAUGCCAUGACUGCUAUGUUACAAGGCUUUCAUGACCACUUGUCUCAACGUUCCUCUACUGUCCUCAAACUCAUUUACGUUGUCGUUGACCGAGAUGAAGUUCUGACAGAGUUUCAGAAAGGAUUAAAUCAAUGGGCUUCAAACUCCCAGCAGAACAUUGAUGUCACUAAAGAAAGCAAGGAUGAAGAUGAAGAUGAAGGUGAAUAUUAUUAUGGUUCAGAUGAAGAGAGUUUUUCUUCUGAAGAGGAAGAUGUCUGUAGUGGAAACAUCAAAGAAGCAAUCAUUGGCCCAAUCAAAGUUAAAGUGCUUUGCGGCGACAUCACAAAAGAUACAACGGACGCUAUAGUCAGCAGCACCAAUACCACCCUUAAUCUAGGCUCAGGGGUAUCUGGAGCUAUCCUUAAAGCAGCCGGACAGACCGUUGUGGAUGAGUGCAAAAAAUUGGGUGUUCAACCCAGUGAUGGCGUGGUCUUGACAACAGCUGGAAACCUUCCAUUUAAGCACAUCGUCCAUAUGGUUGGUCAGACCGAGGAGAAAGAGAUCACAAACUGCAUGUUUAAAGUUCUGAAGAAGUGCGAAGAAAAUAAGAUUCAAUCUGUUUCAUUCCCUGCUCUUGGAACUGGAGCAGGAAACCUGGCAGCAGCUACUGUAGCAAAUGCCAUGAUGGAUGCAGUGGCAAAUUUUUCUAUGAACACACCAGCAUUUUUAAAAACUGUCCAUAUUGUGAUUUUCCAACAUACGAUGGUGUCAGACUUUGAGGAUGCUAUGAUGAAGUUCAAAAGGAUUUCUCGAAAACCUUCUCCAGCAACUAUCCCCAAACCAACUCAAACAAGAAUGUCAAAUACCACCAAGCUAAGCUAUUGUCUCGCUGCUGAGACAGCUGCAGUGACUUUCCCAGUCACGAAUGUUGAGCUAUAUGGAACAUCAUCUACUGAAAUUGCCAAGGUCAAAAAGUUCCUGGAUGAUCUAGUUUCAGAAGAAUGUACUAGCAUGGAUGUUCAGUCAGAACUUAUAGCCAACCUUCCCGAAGUCAACAAGAAGGCUAUCGUGGAGUUCAGCCAAACCAAUGAAGUGCGUGUUCAAGUGGUGGCAAAGGACAAAUUGAUUGUGUCAGGGAAGAAGGAUGAUGUUCUAGACACCGUUCUAAACAUCAACAAGUUCGUCCAGGCAGCCCGCGACAGGGAAAUCCGAGAAGGUGAAGAAAGGAGGCUGAGCAAAACAUUGCACUGGGAUGUAGCAAAAGGAGAGACUUGGCAGCCACUAAACUCCAGCAUUAGCUAUGAACUGGAGUUAGCUUUUCACAAGAAAAAGGAUAAAUAUACCUACCAGGUCAAAGGGGAAACAUUUACUAUGGAUUUCAAGGAGAUGAAACAGGUAAACUCCAAGGGGAAGACCUGUAAAGUCAAGAGAACCCUACUUGCUGACUCAGACACAGCUGUCAUUCAACCUCCACCAACUUGGAGCAAAAUGGAUGGAAAUGAUUUGGAAACAGUUGUUUUAUCUCCAACUUCAGAAGAAUACAAAAAAAUAGAGAGAGACUUUUUACAAUCCAGCCAACAUAAAGACAUACCUCCUCUCAAAGUGAUGCAGAUCCGCAGAAUUCAGAGUCAGUCACAAUGGCAACGGUACUGCGUGUUGAAGCAAGCAGUGGACAAAAAGUACCCCAAUCAGAAAAAUGAACAGUUCCUCUAUCAUGGCACGACCAUAGACAUUUGUCAGAAAAUCAACAAGAAUGGCUUCAACAGGAGUUUCUGUGGGAGAAAUGCUGUCGUUCACGGUGAUGGUACGUACUUCGCCAAAGAAGCUUGGUACUCCUGCUAUGAUCAGUAUUCGAACCCUGAUCACAACGGACUGAAGUAUAUCUACAGAGCUAGAGUUGUGACCGGGUCACCAUGUAAAAGUCAAAGGGGGAUGAAGGAGCCGGACCCUCUGAACCCGAAAGAUCCCCGUGCUGGGCUUCAUGACUGUGCUGUAGACAAUUUGCAAAAUCCAUUCAUCUUCGUGGUGUUCUGUGAUGCCGGGGCUUACCCUGACUAUCUCAUCAGCUUUAAGAAUACCUUGUGACCAUAUUUGGGGACUUUUUAAGUAUAUCAUUUACAUAAAUCAUAAAUUAAUUACCUUAAUCCAGCAAUGAUGUGUAAACUUUAAUAAUUAAGCAAUAAUUCAUAUUCAGAUGUAAGCCAUAAUUCAUUCAGUUUCCAUAAACCAUGUUUUCAGGCACUAGUUUGGGUUCUGCUGUUUACUCUUUGUAAUGCUAGGGUUUUUACAUAAGGUAAAUAAAUACAUAGAAAAAUAAAUACACCAGAUGCAUUUGAUUGUGUACCUUAAAUGGAGCAAUGUAAGGAAUUCAGAGAACUUAAUUCAAACACACGGUCACAUGUCCACAAACUUUUGGUCAUGUAGCACCAAUAUAUGUUUCUUUCCCAAACAAAGUGCAAAAUUGUAUUGUCUCUGUAUGCUGUAGCAUUAAAAUUUCUCUUCACUGGAGCUAAGAGGCUCGAACCCUGUUCCAGCAUGACAAUGCAGCUGUGCACUAAGCACAGAUCUCCAGGAAGACAUGAUGUGUGAAGGUUGAUGAAGGUGGACUUCAGGUGAACUGUAAUGUUCUGCACAGAUCCCUGACUCUGACUCAACCUCACUGAACACCUUCGGGAUGAACUAGAACACCGACUGAACCCCAGACCUCCUCACUCUUACAAUAUCAGAGUCUGAUCUCACUAAUGCUCUUGUAGCUGAAUGAUCACAAUGAUCUAGUGGAGAACCUUCCCAGAAGAGAAGAGUGGAGCUUAUAAUAACAGUAAAAGGGAAAUAAAUCUGGAAUGAGACGCUCAACAUGGACAUAUGGGUGUGAUGGUAGGGUGUCCAUAUACUUUUGGCUGUAUGGUGUUUAUUUUAUCUGCGCAAAAGGAGUGAAGCAGUUGAGAUCAGGAUGCACUGUACUAAUCUAGUUUCCUGAUAUUUCUUGGUAUACAGUCAGACACUUCUCAUAUGAUUAUGGCCACAAGGCUUAUGAUGAGCACUAAAGUAACACACAUUAACCUGACUACACAACCUUGAGACUAUACCCAAGGUAAUGAACUGUCUAUAGACCAUGAAUGGAUUUUGAUAAUGCAAUAAUGAAAUCAUGUGCUUUUGAGUCACCACUGGGCAUCAAAAUGAACCAAGAGAAGGGCAACAGGAUCUAAACUUCUAGCUUUCAGACAAAAAAAGAUGAAGAAGACAAAAUCCUAUGACGUUACAUACAGUAUGUGAUCCAUAUAAAUUAGCAAGGGCAUGUGGUCAGACUGCCUUAAAUACAUCUUACUACCUGUUUCCCGCCUCAAAGAAAUCUCAGGGUCUCCAAAGAAAAGAAACAAAAGGACUUCCAGUGAGUCGAGUUAUUUCAACUCAAUGAUUCAUUCAGCUUUGCCC